GAACAGAACCUACCUCUCAAUUAUUUUCCAGAUUUGAAGAAUAUAAAACUGAGGAACCAUUUUUGGCUUUUGAUGCUGGUAAAGUAAUAUUUAAGGCACUUGAUCAGUUACAUAAUACAAAUUUUUCUUUCAUUAAAGAAAUUAGUGUUAAUAAUACAAAACACAUAAGCAACUGUAAAAUUCAUCCCUCGGUUCCUUGGAUCCAUGGAUUAAGUGUAGCUAGAGCAUUGAAAGAAGUUCGUAAUUGUCAUGGUUUUUCUGGAAAUGUACAGUUCGAUUCACUCGGACGAAGAAGAAUUUAUACUUUGCAUAUUAUAGAAAUGUCUCAUUCCGAAACUAGAAAGAUCGGUAGUUGGUCCGAUAAAACUGGAUUGACAUUAAACGAACCUGUCGUUACUUCACCUGAAAAAUUUCCUUCGUUUAUGGUAUCAAAACCAGAAGAAAAACAAAAGAAAACAUUCGUCAUUACUUCUAUAUUGAUGGAGCCAUAUUUAAUGAAAAAUGGAGAUUCAUACACCGGUUUUUGUAAAGAUUUAAUAGACAUUUUAUCAGCGAAACUUAAUUUUGAUUAUCGACUAAAAAUCGUAGAUGAUGGACAAUUUGGAAGUUAUAAUCAUUCUAACAAAAAAUGGACGGGAAUGAUCGGUGAAAUAGUUUCAGAAAAAGCGGAUUUAGCAGUGGCUCCUUUAAUAGCAACUUCAGAAAGAAGUAAGGUUGUAUCUUUCACCACGCCAUUUCAAUAUGGAGGAAUUACUUUAUUAGCUAAAAAAGUUUAUUCCUCGCCGUCUUUUCUCUUGUUUCGUCCAUUCAGUUGGGAAGUAUGGAUAUUCGUUCUAAUUGUUUAUGUCAUUUUUGGUACAUUUUUACUAUCAGUCAAUUAUUAUACUUCGGAGUCGUUCGAAAAAUCCCAAUUGAUGCAUCGUGAGAAAUAUUACAACUCCAUGACUCAAAAAUUUUUGUGCGCCAAAUCCUGGAUAAAAUCUAUUGGUAAAUUGAUAUGCUUCGUCUUUACCAUUGCUCUGUUAUCAUUAUACAUUGCAAAACUCAGCUCCAUCAUAACCAGUGAAGAAAACUCUUAUGAUUCUAGGGAAUUACUCCCUACAAAAGAAAUGUUCCAGUAUUCGGUAACAACAGGAUUUCCAAAAAUGCUUAUGUUGCGAGGAAGUACUACCAUGAAGUAUUUUCAGAAAAGUGGAUCGUUACUCUACUCUCAGUAUUGGAAACAAAUUCAAGAAAAUUCAGAUUUAUUUGUCAGCUCCUAUUCUGAAGCUUUAGAACGUCUUAUAUUAUCUGAUGGAGAUACUGUGUUCUUAUUAGAAUCCCCUAUUGCAGAGUAUAUAUCUAAUGUAAAUUGCAACAGUUUCACUACUUUGACAGGAACCUUAAAUACUCAAACAUAUAGUAUCGCUAUGGGAUCCACAUUUUCUUUAAGACUUAAUCUCAGUAACCAAAUUAUGCUUCUUCAGGAGAAUGGAAUAUUAAAUAAACUCUAUGAUAAGUGGUGGAACAACUAUUCAGAUUGCGAUGAAUCAAACGUGCAGAGAAUAACAUAUAAGAUGAACGGGGGAUCGUUACGAUUUCGUGACAUUUGUGGAUUGUUUUACUUAAUGAUUUUCAGUUCUGUUAUAAUUGUCGUCUUAAGUGUCAGUCAAUUUCUUUGCCGGAAGUACCGAAACUACAGCCAAGAAAUUCCCAAGAAAUCUGUUAUCCUCACAUGAAGAAACGAAAAACAGUUCAAAACGUGUGACAAAGAACAGAUUUUGAAUAAAAAAAUAUUUUAUAUUGUAACAUUCUGUUAUUCUUAACAACGGAUACAGAUUAUAUUGAUUCUAUUUAUGAAUCAAAAGAGUUAUUAAAAUAUUCUUAUAAAUAGUUUAUAAUUUUAAAAUUAUAUAUAUUAUUAAAUUGUAUUAUUCACCGAUGUACUGUUAUAACGUUGUACUUUCAUAUUAAUUUGUAUAUAUAUAUAUUUUUUCUUUUAUGCACAAAUUAUGGUUAUA